AAAAUUACCUAUAACAUUCAAUAUCAAUUUCCUCAUUUUUAAGCAACAUCAACACCGCUUCAACCAAUAAAUGCUGCCCCUAGAUGCAAACUAGUCGAUCCUCAACACUGUAUUAUCCACAAGAAGUAGCUAGAUUUAGAGCUAGAACGGCUGCACUAGUGCAGCACCAGAUGAUUUUAACUGGCGUCUAUUUUGUUUAGUCUGCAUUUGGCGCGUAUAUUUAUAAGCACUAAGUCUAAAAACUUUGAAGAUCCGGAGAUGUCCGACGACGAAUUUGAUAUAUUCAGCGCUGCCCGCAAACGGGCCCCAGUCAUAGCCUUGCCACAGGAUUCUUACAAUCCAAGCAACGAUUCCUUUUCCAAAGAGGCGGAAUACGAUUUCAUUGAAGACAGCCCCAAGAAGUCGAUUAAAAACAAAAAGCGAAAAGCGCGUGAAAAGGCCCAGAAAAAUGAGGAAGGUCCUUCGCCUCCAAAGCAAAACAAACAAAAUCUUGCAGAGACGGAAAUUGAUGAAAAGGAUGUCACGGAGCGCGCCCUUUCUCCAGUCUCCAAGUUGAUCUUGGAGAUGGAGCAAAAUAAUGCUAAACAAACAGCCGCCAAGGUAGACAAAAAGAAGGUUGAACCUAAGGAAGAUCCUGUAGGUCCUGUGGCCAGACGCACUCGUUCCUCGCUAUCUAAGGUACAGAAAGAGCCACCACCUGUAGAGCCCGUCGUGCAGGAGACCACAAAGGCUAAGCCCAAAACCCGUGGGAGAAAAAGAAGGUCCACAGAGAUGGUUGCAGUGGAAAAUCUUUCAGCAUCCGUUGUGUCCUCGUUGGAAAGCAUUGUGGCCAGAUUCAGCAAAAACAACAGCAGGCGUCAAACGGUGGCCGAAAUGGCAGCCCGCUCCAAGGUGGUGGAUAGUAUUGAUCUCGUAUCAGCAGUUGCUCCUCGAGUGGAGGGUUUUGUUAAUCUAAACUCAGAUGAGGAAGAGGACGAUCCUGCGCCAAAAGAGGAAGAAAACGUUUUUACUGAUAUUAAUCCCACCAUAGAGGUUGCUUUAUCUUGGCUUGGCGAAAUUCAGAUUUAUAAAAUGCGGCAACACCAAAAGUUUAAGCACAUGUUUAAGGAAGUGGCAGAACGCAAUGGAGUGGAUGAAAGUGAAGUUUCCGUGGAUAUGUAUCACAAUUUUAUAGGACCAGAAGAUACGCCACACAAUAUUGAUCUUAAAUCCUUUCAUACACUUAGCGGCCGUGCAACAAAGUCCAACAAUAAUAACGAUAAAAAGGUAACUGCCAAAGACGAUCCACUAGCCCUCUUCAGGAAGCCCAAAAAGUUUCAAGUCAAAGUUCAAGCCGUUAAAUGGAAGCAUCCAAUGGUGAUGCCUAUGAAAAAAGAUGAUAACUUUAAAAUGUUAUACAUAAAGUGUGCUGAGGAGCUGAACUCUGAUGCUCGCCAUAUUAAAUUAUUUUUUGAUGGCGAAUUGUUGGACCCGGAGGAUACGCCCGAAAACCAGGAUAUGGAGGGCAACGAACUGAUAGAUUUGCAAAUCAAGUCUUAAGUUUUAAGAAAAAUUUUACAAGUUAUUCAAAAAAGAGUUAAAAAAUUAUGUUUAGUUUCUUUGAUAUGUAUUUGCUAAUUGCUGUUAAAAAUAUUAUAUUUUAGACGUUAUAACAUAAGAUGUGCUUUGUAUAAAUGCGUAAGCGUAGUCUAAGAAAAAUCUUCUGCGUGUUAAUAAUGUUUCUAAAAAUUAUUUGAUUUUAAAUGAUUUUGCGAUAAAAUUUAUUCCAAUAAUUGCCCAAACUCACUGA